UUUCCUUGUAGCCAUCAACAAUCAUGGACGAGAAACAAAAUGUCGAAUUACUGCCGAUCUUUUCAACAAUCGUUGGCUGGGGUUAUUUUCUCGCUUGGUCGAUCAGCUUUUAUCCUCAAGCUAUCUUAAAUUGGCAAAGGAAGAGUGUACAAGGACUUUCAAUGGAUUUUGUUUACUACAACAUUUAUGGAUUCCUAUGUUAUUGGGUUUUCAAUAUGUCAUUUUAUUUUAGCGAAUCGAUUAAGGAUGAAUAUAAGGAGCGGAAUUCCUCAAGAGACUCUACCGUGCGUUUCAACGAUGUCAUGUUCGCUAGUCAUGCACUGCUUAUCUCGUCAUUUACUUUAUCACAAACGUUUUAUUACAAGAGGGAUUCCGCACAACAAUUAUCAAAAGGUGCAAAAUAUUUUAUAACAUUAUCAGCGGCAGGCGUGUUACUCGCUAUAUUUGUCAAAACAUUGAUAGGACAGCAAAAAUUAAUAAUGUGGAUCGAUAUUUUAUACUUUUUGAGCUAUAUCAAACUGAUUAUCAGUCUUAUCAAAUAUAUACCUCAAGCUUAUUUGAAUUAUAAGCGUCAGUCAACAAUUGGAUGGAGUAUCCAUAACAUUUUAUUGGAUUUCACCGGUGGACUACUGUCUAUAACACAAUUAUUUCUGGAUGCAUUCAUAGACGGUGAAUGGAGCAAGAUUACAGGAAAUCCAGCAAAACUUGGACUAGGACUUUUGUCAAUAUCGUUUGAUAUUUUAUUUAUAGUGCAACAUUACGUCUUGUACAGUCAUGAAUCACCCGAUGUUAAAUGGAAUACAGAAGAUGAGGAAAGAAGGAGACUUAUCAGCGAGAAUCAAGUGCCAAGUGUCCCCAUCUGAUCCUAACCAUUUUUUGAAUGAAUCCAUUUUCCAUUAUUGAACACACACUCCCCGCCUCAUUUUUUUUUUUUUUUUUUUUUUUUUUUAUUUAUUUAUUUU